GGGGUUGGUGCUGAACUCGGAAUAUCCACCUCUCUCGGUUGCCUUCGGGACAGACUUGUUAGUGCAUGUUAGUGAACCAUCCAACGAACAUGACUCUGCUUUUCUGACAGCACCCAUAUUUGAAUAUUCAGAACGCAUGAAACGCGAAGGUUCUAUAUCUCUCUCAAGCAAACUGGAAACAGAGAGUCGGCUUCUGUGAAAACAUGGCAUCCCGAAACAUUUCAGCCCAACAGACAAGCUACUCCGUAGAAAACAAGUCAAACCCAAGACAGCUAAGCGAAGGACCCGUUUCAAAUUAGCUCGACGCCACAAUAACCAAGUCUACACAAGUCCAGCUGCCGUGGCGAUUACCGAUUUUAUGGCCCUUCUUCAGCCAUCUCGGUCUUCGGGGUAUCUUUUCCCUUCAGCGGGCACGGAGGUGCGUUGCGGUUCGACCAGCCCAAGCGGGUUAAAUCCGGGGUAGAACGGGAUUCCGGGGUCGGUCAUGUCUUCCGUAUAUAUUCUCGUCGAGCUCGUUCAAUCGGCAGGAGAACUAUCCACCACGAGCCUGGCUUUUCAUAACCUAUACUCCUGCUCCCACGCAGCAUUUCAGUCCAGCUUCAAGUCACUACAGGACGGGGCACGGCAACGCCAAAAUGGCCAAAAUCAAGACGUUCCUUUCGGCCAUCUUCCUGGCCACCGGAGGUUUCCUCUUCGGUUACGACAGCGGUAUCAUCACCUCGACUAUCUCCCAGGAGCAUUUCAUCGACUACUUUAACAACCCUAGUAAUACCGUCACUGGCGGUGUGGUUUCUUCCUUCCAAGGAGGUGCCAUUCUCGGUACAAUAAUCAAUAUGAUGCUUGGAGACUGGCUGGGUCGCAAACGUUCAAUCUUUUUUGGGUCGGCGGUCUCUGUGUUUGGUUGUGCCCUGCAAGCAGGUGCCGUGUCGAUGAGCAUGCUUAUCAUCGGGCGGUUUAUUGCCGGAGCUGCCGUGGGUAUCAUGACCUCCAUCAUCCCUAUGUAUGCGGGUGAAUUGUCAGAGACGAAGUACCGUGGUGCCAUGUCUGGCUUGCUACAGUGGAUGUUAAGUUGGGGAUUCCUCGUUGCACAGUGGCUGGGGUACGGGACGUCGUUCGUGAACGGCGCAUUCCAAUGGCGCUUUCCUCUUGCUUUCCAAUGCGUGCCCGGUAUCGUCCUCAUGUUCGGCAUCUGGCUGCUCCACGAAUCCCCGCGAUGGCUCAUGGAGAAAGACCGCCACGACGAAGCGCUCGAAACACUACGCAAACUCCGCGGCGGCACUCCAAACAGCGAGGAUCUCGUGGCUGUCGAGUUCCAAGAGAUCAAGGACGCCAUUGAUGCCGAGCGUGCCGCCCACAAAGUGACUUGGUCGUCUAUUCUCACCACACCCUCCUGGCGGCGUCGUCUGGCCCUAGGAUGCGGCGUGCAAGCCUUCGGCGUUCUGUCCGGUAUCAACGUGAUCAACUACUACGGCCCCAUGAUCUACAAGUCGCUCGGCAUCGAAAACCAGACCUCGCUCAUGAUCAUCGGCAUCUCCGGCGCCUUGUCCAUCGUCUAUGCCACGAUCUGUCUCUGGGCCCUCGAUAAAGUCGGUCGUAUCAAACCACUCAUCAUGUCGGCCGCUGGCUGCGGUCUUGCACUCGUCGUCAACGCCGCCCUCUCACAGCACUGGGACGCCACUAACCCGAACCUUCUUCGCGCCAUGGUCGCUAUGAACUUCGUCUUCAGUCUCUUCUACACUCCCCUCGGUUGCAUUUCCUGGGUCUACCCAGCAGAGAUCUUCCCCGUGGAUAUUCGUAAUCAGGGUAAUUCGAUCACGACAUUCACGAACUGGACGUUCAACUUGGUAUUUGCGCAGUUCUCGCCGCAGGCGCUGGAUGAUAUCGGUUUCAAGUACUUCUAUGUCUUCUUCGUGUUCAACUUCAUUGCGCUCCUGUGUUACAUCUUCUUCUUCCCUGAAACGAAGGGCAAGACGCUUGAGGAGAUGGACAUGGUGUUUAUGGAUGCGAGCGUUGCUGUGGCGGCCAAGACGGCCGAUUUGGAUGAUAGCAAGAGGGAGGGCGAGGAUGUCCAGAUUGAGCAGGUUAGGUAAUUAGGCCUGGGCUUGUGGUCCCUUGUGGCAUGUACAGUUAAUGAUAGCGAAUCAACGUUAUGACCUCGAUUGAGGAUUGGCUCUGUCCUUGUGUUCCAUUUCCGGCGG